AUGCCUUCUAACAAGCAGUCAUUCCUUGUGUCAUUUCUUUUGGUGGGAAUCGUUGUUUUGGCACAACUUUUAAUCCACGUGAACAGCCAAUCUGCUCCAACACCCACUUAUUCCAUUUCUCUCUUGGCAGGAACUGGGGAGAUGGGACGUGUGGAUGGUCCUGGCUCAUCUGCAAAGUUUGGGCUUAUCCAAGGUGCUUGCAUGAACUCUUCUGGUAAAACUCUCUAUGUGUUGGAAUUGGCUGGAUAUCUCGUCGACAAUUAUAUUCGUAAGAUUGAUAUUGCUUCCAAAAAUGUCUCCACUAUGACUCAAAGUUCCACUAGCAGUAGUUGCUCUGUGGCAUUGAAUGGUGAUAUUUAUAUUGGUGGAAAUGGUACCAUUUCAAAGAUGGUGAACGAACAAACCUUGAGUGCAGUGGUUAAUUCCUUUGGCUAUCAAGAUGCCUCUGCGAAGAUUCCAUUGUUUGUCAAUAGAUAUCUUGAAAAUGGAAUUGCUGCUUCUCCAGACGGAAAGAUUUAUCUUGGGUUUAUGAUCAGUCACACAGUGAGAGUGUUGACACCAACAUGUGGAUCCGACACGAGAUACACCUAUUCUUUCGCUUCUGAUUCAUGUGUGAUGGUCAACACAAGAACCAGUGAUGGUAAUAGCAUGAUUGGAAUGAAUAAGUAUGUGGUGUCUUGUUGGAUGGUAAUGAUGCUUCUCUUGUCAUUCUUGAUCCAUCAUUAA